AUGUCGUCAGCAACAAUCGCUUCAUUGACGAUCGCUUAUGAAAAAGUGGUUAUCUGUAUGGGUAUUCCUAUUUUAUUCCUUGGUCUUAUCGGUGGCAUUUUUAAUGUAUUUGUGUUUCUAAGUCUUCGAACAUUUCGACAAAGUUCCUGUGCAUUUUAUUUAACAAUUAUGUCCAUAUUAAACAUUGUUCAACUAAUAACUGGUUUAUUAUCACGUAUUCUCAUCAGUGGUUUCGACAUUGAUUUGACACGUAGUUCACUUUUCUAUUGUAAAGUUCGAACAUUCAUUUUCCAAAUCGCAGCAUGUUAG